AUGGACAGACUUCCAGACAACAAAAAGCUGGAUGUCAAAGAAACGUAUGAAAGCCAACGAAAGUUAGUGAAUCAAAAGUUAAUACCAUUGAUUCAGAAAUCGAUCAACAAACAAACGUUUCCGGUUGUUGAUGGCGUCAUAAAAAAGCACGCCAAUUCUCGCCAUGCUGAAAAACGAGAACGACAAGCGAAAACGAUCGAUAAAUUAGCGAGGAUUGAUGAUCGCUUGGUUGGAAAAUUAUACAAUGAUGAACUCCAACCAAUCCUGACUGACAAUCAGUAUCACAGUCUAGAAGCAUCAGAAACUGACGAUGAUAAUCCAAACAAACGCAAGAUUGUUAUUCAGGAUCUCGCAUGGCGAUCCUUCACGGAAAUUAUAUUGACAAUGAGUUCAACCAGACAUCGAAGGCACGCAGAACACGAAAACGA